AUGUUAAUCCAAAGAGUUAUUUUUUUGAGUGCAGAACAAAAAAUAGUUGUAUCAUCUUCUGGACAGAACGUCACUCUGACGUGUCGAGCUCCAAACAAGAACAUCGUAGUCGUAGAGUGGAGCAGAGCUGACCUGGAGUCAGAUUAUGUCCUUUUGUACCGUGAUGAGCAGCUUGUUCCAGAACACCAGCAUCCAUCCUUUAAGAACCGGGUGGAUCUGCAGGACAGACAGAUGAAGGAUGGAGACGUGUCUGUGAUUCUGAAGAACGUGAUGAUUAAUGAUGCUGGAACAUACGAGUGUCGUGUCUUCAGGAGAAGAACAAACCGCAGGAAGAGAGCUCUGUUGAAGACUGACCCCAUCAGCAUCAUCACCCUGAGAGUUGUUGCUCCUCCAGAGAUAAACGUCACAGCUGAGUCUGGACAAAAUGUCACUCUGACGUGUCGAGCUCCAAACAAGAACAUCAUAGUCGUAGAGUGGAGCAGAGCUGACCUGGAGUCAGAUUAUGUCCUUUUGUACCGGGAUGAGCAGCUUGUUCCAGAACACCAGCAUCCAUCCUUUAAGAACCGGGUGGAUCUGCAGGACAGACAGAUGAAGGAUGGAGACGUGUCUGUGAUUCUGAAGAACGUGACGAUUAAUGACACUGGAACAUAUGAGUGUCGUGUCGCCCAGAGAAGAACAAACCGCUGGAAGAGAGCUCUGUUGAAGACUGCCCUAAUCAGCAUCAUCUACCUGAGAGUUGUUGCUCCUCCAGUCCAGAAAAACAUCACAGCUGAGUCUGGACAGAACGUCACUCUGACAUGUCGAGCUCCAAACAACAACAUCAUCGCUGUCGAGUGGAGCAGAGCUGACCUGGAGUCACAGUAUGUCUUUGUAUGCUGGGAUGGUCAGGUUCUUCCAGAAGAGCAUCAUCCAUCCUUUAAGAACCGGGUGGAUCUGCAGGACAGACAGAUGAAGGAUGGAGACGUGUCUGUGAUUCUGAAGAAUGUGACAGUUAAUGACACUGGAACAUAUCAGUGUCGUGUCCAGAGAGAGGAUGACAGUGUGGCGCUGAUCAGCAUCAUCUACCUGGUUGUUGCUCCUCCAGGUCCAGGAGGAGGAGGAGUCUCAGAGGGUGGAUAUGUUGGACUGAUCUUUGGUCUGUUAGUUGCUGCUGUGCUUCUUGUUGUUGUGGUUGGUUUGUUGAUCUACAGAAAGAAGCAACAGAAUCAGGAUCCAUAUCAGCCUCCAGCUGAACAGCAACCAGAGUUUUCCAGAGAACUUUGAGUCUCCUGCUGCUGCUCCAGCAAUUUUUCCAAAGUUUGCACAUAACUUAAAAACACAUAUAACUCAGACUGAUCUCAGCCAGUUUCUGCACUCCAGACGUUACACUUUUUUCUGUCAUCUUGCUGUCGUCUGACAUGCCACAAACUCUCUUUGGAUUGCACUGUCACAUGGAGGCCUUCUGACAGCUCGUGAUACCAUGAAGCUAGCGUCACACCUCUGUGUCCCUCCUGUCAGUUAUAUCCAACAAAGUGUGUUACUGGC